AUGGCCAACAGAGAGAGAGCUCACAAUGCCUUCGACAGAGAGAGAGCUCAUAAUGCCUUCAAGGCUACAAGGGCUCUAGGAAUUCCAGAUAAAGAGGUGAAGCCAGUGCUGUUAAAUCUCUUUCAGCUGUUUGAUGGGAACUGGGAACCUAUUGAAGCAGAAGAUUAUCGAGCACUCAUAGAUGCAUAUUUUGAGUCAAAGGAAAGUAAGAGGGGAUCGAAGGAGAAAGUUCUUAAGGAACACUCUAUGUCUAAAAGACCCUCUAAGAGACCACGUCAUGAAGAACAGGAAGAUCGAAUUUCUUCUUCAACGGAUAGCCUGAGCCUGGUUGAAAAAGUGAUUUCCUCUUCCAUGGCUCCUAUAGACACAACUUAUAAGAGGGCAUCGUGCACGCUGUCUUCUGAACUGAUUGUUGAACCUAGCAGUUCUCAUCUCUGGAAAGAAAAAGUGCCUAGUAAUUGUCAUACCAGAGAGCAUAUUAAGCCGAGGACUAAGCAAAGUGUCAGUGAUGUGGCAGAUUUUGCUGAACCCCCAGCAGUGGGCCAUCAAAUUUUCCGAGGUUCUUUCGUUGGUUCAUCAAAUAGGAAGAAUUUGGUAACUCACCUGGGUUCUCAAUGUGAUGCUUCAAGUUCCAAGGAUAGUAUGUACUGUAAGAGCAAUUUUCUUAUUGCUUCAUCGGCCUCCGGAGAAGUAAAGAUUUCACUAAACUGUGAUCCUGCAGUUAGAUGCCAAAGCUUCAAAGUUCCAGAUUUCAAUGCAGUUCUCAAGUGUUUGGAGGAUAAAUAUCUUAGGACACACAAACUUGUCACACCUGAUUUUUCUGUGAAGACUUUAUUCAAAGAUUUGUGCGAAUGUUAUAUGCAACUUGGUCAACUUCAUGAUCCAGUGCCAAACAACAAAGCUUUGAUAAUUGGCAAUUCUGAUAUGGUUAUGGAAAAGAAGGCUUCAAGUUCUUGCAGAUUGUCAUAUUCUUGUGAUAAUUUAGUAAAAGCUAAGCACAAACCAACUACUUGUGGCCAGAAGAGGUCUGUUCGUAGCCUCAGUGACAUAACAAAAGGUACAGAAAAUGUCAAAAUUUCAUUGGUAGAUGAAAUUGGCAAUGAGGAUUUCCCAAAGUUCACUUACAUGCCACAGAAUAUUAUAUAUCAAAAUGCUUACUUGCUAAUAUCACUGGCUCGGAUAGCGGAUGUGGAUUGUUGUUCAAGUUGUUCAGGUGAUUGCCUUUCUUCUCGGAUACCCUGUGCAUGUGCUCGUGAAACUGGUGGAGAAUUUGCUUAUACUCCGAAAGGCCUUUUGAAAGAUGAUUUUCUAACUCUUUGUGUUCGCAUAAGACGGAACCCUAAAAAAGACCAUUUUGUUUAUUGUCAAGACUGUCCUUUAGAGAGAUCAAGGAACGAGUAUCUGCCCGAAGAAUGCAAGGGUCACCUGCUCAGAAAGUUUAUUAAAGAAUGCUGGAGAAAAUGUGGAUGCAAUAUGACUUGUGGAAAUCGAGUGGUUCAACGUGGUGUUACAUGCAACUUGCAGUUAGUAUUGAUCUUGUUAAGGACUGUGGACCAUGGUCGAGCUGUCCAGUUUGUGUCUCAUCUCAUCUGGCUCUCUGCAGGAGAAUCUCCACUCACUGCUUCCCCUACAAGGACCAUGGAACAUAGGAUAAAGAAGGGUCUACUGAGCUCUAUUAGGAAAGAGGGGAGAGGGUGGAUUAGAUCUAGCACCAGAGGAGAAGACAGGCGAUUACAUCGGAUAAAGAAGGGUCUACUGAGCUCUAUUAGGAAAGAGGGGAGAGGGUGGAUUAGACCUAGCACCAGAGGAGAAGACAGGCGAUGA